AUGUAUGAAAUCUAUAGCAAAGACUCGUUUGAGAGGUUUGGCGACGAUUUGUGUGAAGUCCUGUUGAGUUACCUAUCAUUUGAGGACCGAUUCAGAUAUGAAUGUCUAUCCAAACAGUUCCGGCGAUUGAUUUAUACCACACUUUCGGAGCUCACGAUUGACCGCAAAAUCAUGAAAAACAUCGUAAAAGCCGACAAUUUUGGUGACAAUUACUUUGAGUUCAAUAUAUUGUCACAAAUCGCUAAAAAGUGUCCAAAUCUUCAGCGCAUCGAUUGCUCGCAAUUGAGACCUAAUGAGAGGCCGGUGUUUGCGGCCAUACAUGCGCUACGAGACAACUGUCCACAUCUGCGGCACUAUUAUUGCACUUUUCAUGGAUCUGAUGACCGACUCAUUGGUCCGCUGUUUACACGCUUCGGCCAAAUUUGCCGGUCAAUACUCGUGAACGUGGAGUCGGGCGACGAACUGGCCCUCAAGGGAGCGGUAGCCACAGUGGGGCCCAUCUCUGUGGCAAUGGAUGCCUCGGACAAUAAGCUCCGACUCUAUAAGUCAGGUGUCUAUCGAAACGCCGUUUGUUUCACUCAUAUGGAAGGACUGAAUCACGCGGUGACUGCUGUGGGCUAUGGAUCAGAUGGUGGUGACGAUUACUGGAUCAUUAAGAACUCGUGGGGCGCCCAAUGGGGUGAUCGGGGGUACUUGAAAAUAGCUAGAAAUGCGGGUAAUGUGUGCGGUAUCGCCACUACACCCAGUUAUCCUAUUGGUGUCCAAUAA